CGCCCCUCCCAGGAAUCUCCAGGCAGCCCAUUUGGAUGCAAGGGAGAAGAGUUGUUGGAGGAGAUGACGUUUUAAGUUCCUGUUUCUGCAGUCUCCCUUCCCUCCUUUGCUUGCUGUGCUAACGGGCAGAAAACAGUUUGCUGCACUUUUGAGCUGAAUGUAAAAGGUGACACUAGUCAUCAAUAUCAUGUGACAUCCAGAAGGUUAUCCAUGAAGUCCAGUCCAGUGUCUUAUCUGUUCCUGUUGCCUCUCUGCCUGCCUGCUCCCUAUUGCUUUCAUCCAUCGCUGCGAGGAUCCAUCGCAUCGGAGUUCUGCUGAUUCUGCCUCCCUGCUGGAUUUUACUGCUGAUGUAUGGUAGAUUGGCCUCUGGUAAAUCCCAGAAAACAUUCAAUUAGGCAAUGGCUUCAGAAGACAGUGAUUCCACCCCUCCAAAGAGAGGAUCACUACCUCUCCACCAGAGCUCCCAGCCUACAGAUAUGGCACCCAGACCAUUACUGCCUUUGCAGAGUAUUGAAGGAAAAGCUCCCUUCCCACCAUCCCGGAGAAGCUCCAUUAUGAGCAUCCUUAAUGCCCCGUUUUCGAGUAGAAGAAAUUCAUUGGCUGCUGGAGGAAGGCGCCUUUCUAUUGGACCCUGGAUGCAUUGUGGGCGAGUGAGUUUUUCUGGGCUACCGCUCUUUGAACCCAUUCAGGAGAUACACUAUGAGAACACCUAUAAGACCCAGCCAGAUAAAGAUUGCAGAUUUAAUUCCUCGCACACACAGCAGAUUCUUGAGUCCGUUCUGGCCAGCUUCUUCAGUGAUGUCAAAUACAAUCCUGCAAAUAGUGGGCAGUUGGUCCAAAACUUGUCAGACCUUGUCAGGAGCAGGGUCAAAGAUCUAACCCCACCACGCUACAAACUUGUGUGUAAUGUCUUUCUGGGCCAGUUGGCCAACCAAGGGUUGCACAUUGCUAGUCGGUCCCUCUGGGAUGUGGCGAAUGAUAGCUUUGCUUCAGCCACUUUCACAAAUUCUUCGCUUUUUGCUGUAGUCACAGUUCAUGGAUUAUAUUAUGAAUGAAUAAGGCUUCUAAAGAUUAACUUCCUUCUCUCCUAAUUUUAUCUUGCUAGAGAUUAAGAUCGGUCAGAACUGGGGAUGUAUCUGGACAUAGUUUAAAGUAAGAAUAUUUAUAUGUGCUAAAAUCAUAGAGCAGCAAAGGAUAAAACUAGGAAAUCUGCCCCAGUGGGAACUAGUGGUCAACAUAUCUUCUUAAGGAUUCUUUUGUUCUAUUGGCAGAUAGAAUUGUUUGGUUCUACAGUAUUACUUACGCCUUUGCUUGUACAAAAGAUUAUGUAACUUUCUUUUUGGGAAGAAAAAUAAACCCAUUGCUCUUCCUUGAAGAAAGAGGAUAUUUCAAAAGCAGAUUAUGCUAAAGGUGCCCAUAAUAUGGCUGUAGAAGUAUUUGCUGGGUUUGAGACAUAUAUUGCAAGUGAAAGACCAAAAUAUCAAAAGGCCUCUGCAUGCGCCAAGACUUUUAAAAACCUUGAGAAGGUUUGAGACAUGGAAGCACACUUUCUUCUCACUGCAUUUUAUGUCAAUGUAAUAUUUUCCAUUGAGGUCAAAAAUCUAAUACUGUAAACACCAGUGUGGGGAAUCCCAAAUACAUUCUUGACUUAACUCUUGAAAAGGUAUAUUUUAACUGAUUAGCUUUACUGCUUUGAAUUAAAAAGUACAAUAUAUCCAAAUAUUAAUAAUAAUGGGAGUUAUGCUUUAACACAUUGGAUGAACACUAAUUUAGGGAAAGCUAUGCAUCAAAACAAGGCUCAGUGGCUAAGACACUGAGCUUGUUGAUCAGAAAGGUCGGCAGUUCGGCGAUUCGAAUUCCUAGCGC